GCAUCUGUCGCGUCUGUCGAUUUAACCUUCGAAUUUUUAUUACGGCCCGCUAGCGCCAUCUGCACAGAAUUUUAGUGCGUAAAAUGGAACAUUUUUCAAAUAAAAAUAGCGCUAAAUAAAGAUUUUCUUAUCAACAUUUUAUUAUUUCAAGAAAUUUAUUAUACUAAAUAAUUAUUCUAUAAAGCAUAAUUUAGAAUUAACGUGUUAUUGACUGAAAUUUGAUAUGAUAUUAAAAGUUAUACUUUGGCGCCGCCGUGAAUUGAUUUGGUACUAAUAGAAGGCCAAACAUACUGAUCAUAACCAACAUACCAUCUAAAGUAAUCGGAACAAUUUCAAAAACAUUUCUUAAUCGGCAUUCUGCCGUUUGUCUGCUAAUUAAUCUUCACGCAGUUUACCGUAUGAGAGUUUUGUGUAAUGCCGGUGUAGAUAUGUCGGAAGGGUGUAGUUUAGAAGUGUUGUCGCACACCAGUGAUUCGCCGUUACCAUCCGAUGAAAUCUUGGAUUUGCAAGUGGACGAAGCAUCGGAUGAAGAGAAAUUGGUCAUUGAAACUCCUAAGAAGGUAACUAGAAAGAGAAAGGUAAUCGAUAUUUCAGACAUCGAUAAGCAGCUCCUUGAAGAUAUUGAGGAAGAGUUUGAGAAUGCUCUUGAUGAAAAAGCUGCUAAAAACAACUUGAAGAAUGUACAAGUCAAAAACAUUAUCAGACAGGUUAUUACCAAUGAACAAGUUAUUGCAUUUGUUAAACAUGCAGAGAACCCUACUGAAGAGUUUACCAUGCAGUAUGAACCAAAGAUUACAAGGGCAAAAGCCAGGGAAUUGUCAGUUGAAACACCGUUCUGGCCCAGAGACUCCGACGAAGAACCAUCUGAAACUCAUGUUUUAAUUAAUGAAGAAUUGCCAGAGGAAGAUUCCUCUGAAGAUGAGUAUGUGCCAGUUGAAGAAGUACCCACAGAAGAUAGUGAAGAUGAGCACAACUUAUCCUUUACAAGUGAAUCCACACAACCAUCCACACCAAUUCACUCAGCAGAUUGCAGCACACAAACCAACUGGACAGAAGAUGGUGCAUUCAAAAUUCCUCUCGACAAAAACGAUGCACAUGCCAAAGAAAUCGAAGAAGCGAACAUCGCACGCCGAACUAGAUCAAAACUAUGUCUCAGCAAUACACCACUGGAAGACAUCGAAUCCACCUUUAUUCCACCUGAUAUCACCACAGAUAUGUACGAAAUGGAUUACGAAUGCGAUGAGGAUUGGAAAAACUUCCUCAAAGGAUUCACACGACCGUUGGCUGAAGUGUCAGCCACAAUGCAGGAAGAUGAAGACCAUGAUCCAGAGUAUAAUGUUUUAGCAGACGAGGAAGUUAUCGAUGUCGAAGAGUUGCGUACGGAUAGGGCCGUCAAUAUUACCCGCAAAGAGUUAAACGAUCUCAUCGGUGAAUUAAUGGACUACGCUGACAAUUUUAACAAUUAUUUUCCCGAACAGGAUGAGCAGCCAGAGGAACCUGAGAAGUCUGACAAUACAACCGUGGAGUAUUCAUAUCCGCAGUUGAAUACGACGUUGAGUAACGUUGUGAUAAUAGGUUAUAGUAUGUUUAUAAUGAACGAGGAUCAAAAGGCGUUGUUUGAACAACAAUUGCGACAGCACAUUCAACUUUUAACGCAGGGUUUUAUGAUGACUUUUCAGCAUCCUGAAUUGGAUUUGAUUUCGAAUAAAUUCGAAACAUGUUUAGAUGAUUUACAGGAGUCUGCUUCGGGGCAGACAUUUUAUGAUUGUUCAAAUAUCAGCGAAGCUUUAGCUGUUGUAAACGACUGGAAAGCGAAAUUUUCGUGUGACACAACUGUGAUAAGGGAAUAUAAACAGCAAUUGGCAAAGACUAUUUCUGAAGCGAAACAAGCCAAAGCAGCAGGAUUAUUCUACGUUCCAAAAUUUCCAAAGUUAUUAAUGGAGACUAUUUCAAAGAGCAACCUGUUUGUCUACCCGAGUUUGCUGCCGAGAAUUCAAUACGUUGAAGCAAACCCCAAAAUUAUUGGUUUUACUUCAUCUGAAAAUGAAUUAAUAGCAUUAGGUUUAGAUCAGUUUACGCCGUAUCUCAAACAAGAUGAGUACCAUUUAAAGAAAAAUGGUGAAGUGAAAUUACAUGACGUCUGCCACUGCAUUCGAAAGUUUAUGAUGCCUAGUAAAGAUACUGAUAGAUUAUUUAAGCACGUUUGUGCUUUCCGCUUCUCGAAAGAUCAAAAUCCGAUCAAAUUGUACUUUGAGAAGAAUAUCGUCUGGCCUACCACACAUUUUGUCGUUCCUGCGAAGGAGUAUUUAAAUAUUCCGCCUUGUAAGCGUAACCCCAACGAACUACCGUAUUUGUGGAGAGACUAUAUUCAUCCGGUGUCGGCAACUGUAAGUGUUUGUAGUCGUGUAGAAAACAAUUCGGUACCAGUAACUAACUCACAGCCGAUUACGAAGGUGACUAAACCACCUGUGUAUAACAAAAAGUUUGCGCGUCGACGACCAACACAAAUCACCUCCAAGGUACAAAAAAGCCCCAGACCAAAGCUGCAGGAAGUUUCAGUACAACCCAAAAAUAAUACACCAUACGAAUUUUUUGUGGGGGAUGAGCUUUAUGCAUCCACACCAAAGUGCAAAAAGAGUUUAUUUAAACUUGCUACACCAGGAGUUAAGAAAGUCAUAAAUAUACCUGAAGCUGUAUUAAAAAUCAAGUUUAAUUCAUCAAUAUUUAACAAAAAAUCUAAAUCUACAAUGUCUAGCAUGCCAAGUUUAGAUGUUACAACUGCUGCAUCCAGUACAUCAAAUUUAUCUGAAUCUGAAUGUAGCCCUAAUACUUUAGAUAAUGAUGAAGAGGAAAAUAAUUUAAGUAAUUUGAAUGAAGAUUUAAUUGAAGUUUCUUCAUCUACAAGUAAUGAAGAGGGUAUUAUGGUUGACAGCACAGUAUCAGAGACUACACUUUGUGAUAAUAUUUCAAUGGCAGAAGAAAAGGAUAAUUUAGAUGAUAUUAAUGCAUUGGUGGUGGCCAGUUCAACGAUUAAAUCGGUAGUAAAACGUCGACCUACUGGUUUGGAAAAGAAGCGCGCUAAAUUAAAGCGGGAUUUUGAGGACAACCUUCGGUUAUUGACUGACGAAGAUGGGGAUGUUAUCAAAGAAAAACGUGAUCGUUUUAUUCAAGCUUUUUAUGAUAAAGUGCAAGACACACUCUCAAUGGAAGAUUUUCACAAAUUUAUGGCGGCGUUAAAUGAUUUUGACGAACAUCAAACUUCACCAAAAGUUCUCUACAAUCAAGUGUCAGAAAUUAUGGGUAACAAACAUCCUGAUAUUAUGGACGAGUUUUUGCUGUUUUUCGAUAGCCUGCAGGCGAAAACUUUGGGUAAACUUGUGCCGUUUUUAAUUAUGAGUAACAUGUCACUUUUUCUGCGCAAGUUAGAAUUGUUUUUCCAAGAUCAACCGUCACAAGUUCGUAAAAUAUAUAGGGCUAUUACUGAUUUAUCAACGCGCAACGACGUAACAAUGGCGCAAGUUAAGAGUUCCGUUUUGCCGCUUUUGAAAGGUAAUGGUUUGUUGACUGAUUGGUUUUUACAAAUAUUUCCAAUGGAAAAACCACCUGCAAGACUGAUUAACGGCGCGUGGGAGACAAUUUGCUUGAGUAAGGAUACAGAUGACACUUUUGAACAUUUAGUGCUGCCUGAGGUGGAGGAUCCAUAUGGAGGGCCAAACUGCAUUUGUAAUUGUCAUAGUGUAGAGGAUGAUAGAUUUAAAGCAAGGUCGCAACAUUGUACACCCUGUGGAACUAAAUUUAUGCAAGGACGUGUGUUUCUUCAAACCGGUAAAGGUCUCCGUCCAGCUAAAAUUACAUUUGAAGAUACAAGCGUGGACCACAGAGCGCGACUUUCAGGCUCUUUGAAAAAGCGAUCCGACACCAGUCCGGUGAAAUUAAUAUCGCCGGGUAAAGAUAGUCAAGACGAAACACGCCAGAGCAGUGACGAGGAACCCCCUGAAAAGAAGCAACAACGACUUGUAAAGACUAUAAAGAAACGAAAACCAAGGAAGAAAGUAAAUGUAGAUAGUAAAGAUGUUGAAAAAGAAUCGUUGGUUGCCGAAACCAAAAUGAUCAUCGAAGAUUCACCGAAAGAGACGACUGACCGCGAUGAAGAAGAGAUUGUUUGUCGACCUAGGACGACUUCUAUAGACGUUGUGGACGUGACACCAAUGCUUUUAGCGGAUGAACCUCAAGAAUGGGACUGUAACACAUCAAUGGAUUCACUCGAAAUUAGACUAAGUCCUGAACCAUGUCAAGAGAGUGCUGAAUCAGAAAGUGAAUGCUGUGAAGAAUUUGAAACUUCUCAAGACAACAACUCCGAUAGUGAUGUAUCUGUAUCUGGCAAUGAUGGUGAACCUAUAAAUACAACAACAGCUUCAUCAUUAGAGCCAACAAUCCAACCUUGGACGAGGGAAGAAGAUAAAGUCAUUCUGGAGACGUUUCAAAAAGAAGAAGUCAUAGACAUAGCAUUCAAACGCAUUCUAGUACAGUUAAAAAAUCGUACUCUGGAUCAGGUCAAGGAAAGAUUUGAUGUGUUGAUUAAUUUUCUUAAAAAGAUGAGGGACUCUCGAUAAUCGCGAUAAUAAAUGUCUAGAUAAACAGUUCAAAUAACAAUUACACAUAGUUUUAUCAGAGACAGCUUUGAUUAUUCAAAAUGUCAAGAACACAACAAUUAUCAUUUAAUUAACGUUACUUAAGUAUGGAGGGCACCGACGCUUUGCUGAUGCGCGUGCUGAAAAUUCACUUCGAAGACCGUUUACAUAUUCUCUAUGGGGCUUUGCAAGCAAUUAAAGAAUAUUCCAAUAAAGAUAUGUCCACACACAGUGAA